GCGUUGAAUAAUUGAAUUGCAAGAUUUGGACCACAAAUCGGAAAUUUUACACCUUUUUUAUAGUCUUUAAUUAAGGUUCCAAUCAUUCCACAUUCGUAUCGUACCAAUAUAAAUACUCCUACUCUCUUCAACUCUUCUCAUCAUCCACCACUCUAAUCUCUCUCAAACACUAUAUAUACAACCCUUAAACUAAUAUUAUAGUCUAACAAUGGGCAAAGACGUUGAGGUUGGAGGUCAUGAGUAUGGUGCAAAAGAUUACCAAGACCCUCCACCGGCUGCCCUCUUCGACGCGGAAGAGCUCACCAAGUGGUCUUUUUACCGAGCCAUCAUUGCCGAGUUCAUUGCUACCCUCCUCUUCCUUUAUAUCACUGUCUUGACUGUCAUCGGCUACAAGUCCCAAACCGACCCCGCCCAUAGCCCAGACCAAUGCGGCGGUGUUGGCAUUCUCGGCAUCGCCUGGGCCUUCGGUGGCAUGAUCUUUGUUCUCGUCUAUUGCACUGCCGGCAUUUCAGGAGGACACAUUAACCCUGCGGUGACAUUUGGGCUGUUUUUGGCUAGAAAGGUGACACUCCCAAGGGCGUUCAUGUACAUCGUGGCUCAAUGCUUGGGUGCCGUAUGUGGUUGCGGUCUGGUUAAAGCUUUCCAAAAGACUUACUACAAUACUUAUGGCGGUGGUGCCAAUGAGCUCGCAGAUGGCUACAGCAAAGGCACUGGUUUGGGUGCUGAAAUCAUUGGCACAUUUGUCCUCGUUUACACCGUCUUCUCGGCCACUGAUCCCAAGAGAAAUGCACGAGAUUCCCAUGUCCCUGUAUUGGCACCUCUCCCUAUCGGAUUUGCCGUAUUCAUGGUUCACUUGGCCACCAUCCCAAUCACUGGCACUGGAAUCAACCCGGCUCGUAGUUUCGGUGCCGCUGUUAUGUACGGAAAAGAAAAGGCCUGGGAUGACCAAUGGUUAUUCUGGGUGGGACCGAUGAUUGGAGCCGCGGUAGCCGCCUUCUACCACCAGUACGUAUUGAGGGCAGGUGCUGUCAAAGCUCUUGGAUCCUUUAGGAGCAAUGCUUAGGAGCCAGAGCUUGAAGUUUGCAGUAAUUUCUAUGUUGGUUUGAAAAAAUUGUACAAAUGUAUUUGGUAUUUGUGGCACUUAGUUUUUGAAUGUGCCCACUAUGGUCCUACUUUUAAGUCCCUUAAAUCUUCUUUUCUAUAUCCCUUUAGUCCCACUUGUUUUGUUGUAACUAAAGGGGUAUUUGCUACUCAAAUAGUAAGAUGAGGUUUUGUUGCAGUA